UCUACUACAACUCACUCCAUCCCCUCCUCUUCUCGAAAUGUGUCAGGAUAACUCCGCUGGCGCUGCCUUCGACCCUGCUGCAGAUAUCCCCGAUCUCACUGGCAGGGUCGCCCUCAUCACCGGCGCAAACAGCUGUGGUAUCGGGUUUGAAAUAACCAAGCGUCUCGCCGCUGCUGGAGCACGGGUCUAUCUCGGCUGCCGACAUGCUGGUCGUGCACGUAAGGCAAUGGCGGACAUUCGGGAGUCGUUGAAGAGGGAGAGCAUGGACCCCCGGAAGCUCGGAGAGAAGAGGCUAGCACCUCAGAUGGAGUUUCUGCAUCUAGACUUGAUCACGGUGGAGAGCGUGAGGGAGACCGUGGAGGACUUUCUUCGGAAAGAAACACGAUUGGACAUCUUAAUCUGCAACGCUGUGACUCUUUCUAAGCAGUAUGAACUGAACGAAGACGGGGUAGAGACCACUAUGGCGGUAAACUACAUCGGGCACUUCGCUCUCACAACCUUGCUGCAGCCUCUGUUGCUUCACACAGCAUUAUUACCUGGCGCCGACGUGCGUAUCGUCAUGAUGACCUCAGCAUUACAUACCAAAGUACCAAAGGAUAUCAAGCUCCACACUCAGGCAGACCUCAAUGCCACAAAAGCGCAGUUUCUUUCAUGCAAGGACAGCAGAAUGGCGUGCUAUCGUCGUUACUUUGUUUCCAAGCUGGCGCUCGUGCUUUUCACGCGUUCUCUGCAACGACGGCUAGAUGCACAUGAAUUGCCGAAUCCUAUCAUUGUCACCUGUGUCCACCCUGGAAUGGUCUCAUCUGAAAACAUGAAGUCUCAAGUCCCCGCGCCAUUUCGACCUCUCCUUCCACUUUUCUCCAUUACCCCGCCCCGCGGCGCAUAUACACCGCUGUUUGCCGCGACGGCGCCCGUCGUGCGCACAAGGCGGCGAGAAUACGCCGGCCAAUACCUCGUGCCUUUUGGCAAAGUUGGUAAGGUCGCCAAGGCCGCGGACGGGGAAGAUGGCGAGGCCCUUUUCCGAAUCAGCGAAGAAAUCGUCAGAUCUUCUACGCGCGGGUGCGGCCGAGAAAGCUGAGACAGGGCAGCCACGCCAUCUGCUUGCCGAUCUACCAUCAUCCACAGCCUCCUUCAUCUUUCACGACAGUCCAGUCGUCCCACCGCGCGAAGCCCCUUUGGCGCUCAGUCAAACGACUGUUCAUGAUCUCACGACAUGCUAUUACUAAUUCACUUUCUAACUAACCUUCUCCCUUAUUUUCCGAUGGGUUCUGGAGCUAACGAAUAAGCUGAUUCUCAGGCAUAUUUAUCCCCCAUACCCACUACAGUAUGUACAUUAUCCUUGCUGGCACUACAACAUCAGAAAUAAAUUCCUU